CCACGGCUUUUUACAGAAGUGCCAACAAUCCACAGCUGGUGUAUCUGAUCCCUCAGUGCUUGUCGAGGGUCAGUGAAUGAAAUUGGUAGAAUAGGCAAUAGUGCGUAGGGUUGCACAAUUUUUGUUGCUCAUGCUGAUCAGGGGAGUGUAGUGUAACAAGCUAGUGGGGACGGCAGGGGCAACUUUAUACAGCGUACUUCCACUUUGACAACUGUAGAGUUUUAUCUACUGCACAAAGUGUCAAAACCAGAAUAGAAAAGAUGUACUGUAGACAAAAUUAUUUCAGACAAGGUCUGCUUCCAUAAAAGGCAAAUGACGAGAGGCAUGACAUCAAAACCAGGACACACGGUAAUGACGCACAACGUGGCCGAGUUUGAACCUUCGAUACUUGUUGAAUGCUCUGUCAUCAGUUGGUUCUGGACGAUUGACCGAUCGCAACCGGCCACGUUUAAAACAAUGAUCAGGAGCUUCAAAAAGCUGGCAAAAGCCCGAAAUCUGUGAAGCUCGUUACUUCUCAUUCUGUCCCCGUGAUCUGUAAGACCCCCAAAGUAUAUGCAUACCGGUAACCAACUACUGGCUCUUCGCCCCGAAGGAUCUGCCUCUGGAGCGCGUAUGGAAGGUGCCGGGAAGGCUUCAACUACUACAAACCGAGGAGUUGCACCAAAGAAAACGCCUGAAGAUUCAGUUGCCAGGGAAUCGGAUGACGCUCUCGCACUUGCCAUUCGGUGACAACUCCUGAGCGGUGCCGUCAUCAGCCUCUGCCUCAAUCAUCUUCUCUUGAUGGAUGGGAAGGAACACGACUCCCUUUUCCAAAACAAAACAAUAUUUCUUGCGUCCUCACCAGGAAGCUCGCCCUUCCGCCCUCCACUCCCCCUCCCCGUCCGCUCUGCAUACGAGAGCAACGAUCUGAUUGAUUAAUUGGCUGCUUGCCUUGUCACACUUGGUUGGCUCGACCUGUCCUUAUCACACCACCCCAUCCUCCAAGCUCCUAAAGAAAGGUUGACUUUUCAUUGUUCCACUACUUCCAGACUCCAAUCCACUCCGCAUGUUUUUCUAAUCCUGACUCGGCAGAUUUAGUUGCCCUUUAUUAAUUGCAACUCCCAGCACGAGACAUGGUAGUUGGGACUUGGAAGUUGGGAUUGCAGUUUCCGCUCAUGAUUGUCGAGAUUGUGAUUCUUGGACCGGAUCACUUCUAGGAGUUGGGGAUUCAUCGGAUCGCGCUUUCUAAAUCGAACCGAGCGGAUCAAAUUUCGUGCAUGGUUAAAAAGUCAGGCUCUCUACCACGCGGUUCCAUCAUCGGGAAGAAUUGGUGUGUACCGCAUUUGAGGAGAAUUAAAGGACACAUUGACUUGCCUCUUGAGGACUUUUAUAUUCCAAACAAAGACCAAAAGAUAUUUGACUGACCGGGUGGAGUCGGGAGUACGUUCCAGUGAACACAACUGGUCGACUCGCAGACUUGUUCAGCGUCGUGAGGCAUAAACCCAGGUUCUUGGCCAGGCUGAGAAUAGCACAACG